CAUGCACAGAGGCUGGGGGCGGGGUCAGAUGUCACGUGGUGCCGGAAGUAGAUUUUAUUGACCUUGUUCUCCAACAACAUGAGACUGUUGCCGGUUCUGUCUAAGAGACUGCUCUAUGUGACAUCCUGGGGGUCCCAGGUGUCUCAGAGUGGGCGUGUCCAAGGCUAUGCCCAGGCUGCUGAGAGUGUGGUCGACAAGGAUGGGGUAUCAGAAGCGGCAUCUCAGCGUGUGAACGUGACACAUAAGAGUGCUCCGGAGUCACUCUCGUUUGCUGUGGGCAUGUUCAAUGGGUUAAUUCACACAGAACAAGUGUUUCCCUUCCCCUCGGCGUUAAGUGAGGAGCAGUCUCAGUUCCUCAGUGAGUUGGUCGAUCCAGUUUCUCGUUUCUUCCAGGAGGUGAACGACCCUACCCUGAAUGAUGACCUACAGCGGGUGGAUGACAAGUCUAUGUCUGGACUCAAAGAGCUUGGGGCGUUUGGUUUGCAGAUCCCAUCAGAACUGGGUGGGAUGGGGCUGAGUAACACCCAGUACGCGCGGCUGGUGGAGAUCGUAGGUCUCCAUGAUCUGGGAGUGGGGAUCACGCUGGGGGCUCAUCAGUCCAUUGGAUUUAAAGGAAUCCUUCUAUAUGGCACAGAGGCACAGAAGAAGAAAUACUUACCUCGACUUGCCUCAGGUGAAACGAUCGCCGCUUUCUGUCUGACCGAGCCGUCCAGUGGGUCUGACGCGGCGUCCAUAAGAUGUAGAGCGCAGCGGAGCCCCUGUGGCCAGUAUUACAGUCUGACGGGCGGCAAGCUGUGGAUCAGUAACGGAGGCAUCGCAGACUUAUUUACCGUGUUUGCAAAAACCCAAGUUCCGGACUCGUUCAGCGGGGAGAUGAAGGAGAAGAUCACCGCGUUCAUUGUGGAGAGAGGAGAAGGGGUGACACAUGGCCCCCCGGACAAGAAGCUGGGUAUCCGGGCCAGUAACACGGCUGCAGUACACUUUGAUGAAGUCCGUGUCCCUUCUGAGAACGUGCUCGGUGGGGAGGGAAACGGAUUCAAGGUCGCCAUGAACAUCCUAAACAAUGGGCGUUUCGGUAUGGCGGCCGCGCUGUCUGGUACCAUGAAGGGGAUGAUCCAAAGAGCCGUGGAACACGCCACAAAUCGCACCCAGUUUGGAAGUAAACUUCACAGUUUUGGAGUAAUUCAGGAGAAGCUGGCACGCAUGGCGGUCCUACAGUAUGUCACAGAGUCAAUGGCGUACAUGAUCAGUGCAAACAUGGACUCCGGGGCAAAGGACUUCCAGAUAGAAGCAGCAAUCAGCAAAGUCUUUGGCUCGGAGGCGGCAUGGUCAGUGACUGAUGAAUGUAUCCAGAUACUGGGAGGAACGGGGUUUAUGAAGGAUGGCGGGGUUGAACGAGUUCUGCGAGAUCUACGAAUCUUCAGGAUCUUUGAAGGAACAAAUGAUAUCCUAAGACUCUUCGUGUCCCUCCACGGAAUGCAGAGCGCCGGGAAGGAGCUGAAAGCUUUGCAGAAGGCAAUAAGCCGGCCACUGAGCAACACACCAUUACUUGUGAUGGAAGGGAUGAGGAGAGUCCGCAGGAGGGCUGGCCUUGGUACGGGACUCACUCUGAAGGGACAUGUCCAUCCUGAGGUUGACAAGAGCGCAGAGCUGGCUGUGCGUGCGCUUGAAGACUUUGGCGCUGCGGUGGAGGAGCUGCUUCUGAAAUACGGCAACAGGAUUGUGGAUGAGCAGUUUGUGCUGCAGAGAAUCGCUGACUGCGCCAUUGACCUGUACGCGAUGAUUGUGGUGUUAUCCAGGUCUUCACGCUCCCUCUCCCAGGGGCUCCCCACUGCCGUUCAUGAGAAGAUUCUGUGUGACAUCUGGUGCUCUGAGGUAAGUACACCUCACACGGCAGCUUCUCUCCUAUGGAGGUCUCAUCCCGGACUCAUCUUUCCCUUCUGUGUUUUCCAGGCUGCGGUGCGAGUACACGACCGGCUGAAGAUCUUGCGCAGCGGCGGCGACUCCGGCCUGUUCAGAAACUUGCGCUCUGUCUCUGCGGCGCUGGUGGAAAAUGGUGGUGUGGUGGCAGCACAUCCUUUAGGGUUCUGAAUGGUGGUUAGACAUAGAGUAUAAGUGUUAUGAAAGUUCCCGUCUGACCUCACGACUGCCUUAACGUUACCACCAACUGUGCCAUAAAUAAACGUGCAAAGAGUCUGUAUUACUGUGUAUAAAUCGCCCCCGGCGCAUGGUCCGAGGCGUCAUCUGCCCGAGCGUCUUCUAAUAGCGGGGGAUUGUGUUCAUCUUUUGUAUCGCUUUAAGGAAACACUGCGGGGGGGGGGACAUACAAAAUUAGGAGCAAGCAUCUCACACCUGCGGGUAAGUGCGACUGUAUGCUGCACUAAGGGGCCGCGAGGGAGGCGAAUUCAGUUGCUGUUGCUGGCAUGUAUUCGCCAUCGCAACUCGCACCCCCUGCGAGCUACUUGCACCUAAUUGGAUUCCCCCUCCUAUUGUGUCAAGUGUGUCUCUCAGUGUGUGGUGUUGAAAUGCCCUGCAAUACAUGUUUCUGCCAUCAGGUGGCACUGUGACAGAAGUGUACUGCGCAUGUCAGAUGAAAUAAAUUUAAGGAGCCGGUGAGUACUGUACUUUGUAAAUCAAA